AUGACGCGGAGAGUCUCAAUUUCGUCGAGCCAUCGUCGUCGCCGUGACCUGAGCACGGCACUUCUCCUCCUCUCGCUCCUCUCUUCUCUCCACGUGGCGUUGGCCUUCCGCUUCUCCGCGGGGCUCCGCGCGGACAAGCUGCGCGGAAUGAUGCGCGGAUGGGCGCAAGGCGGGCGCUCUACCGGUCAGCAGCAGCAGCAGCAGCAGCAGAGCGGCGGAAUCGGUGGAACCAGUAUGGGCGGCAGCGGAAUGGGCGACGGCGGCAUGAGUGGCGGCGGAAUGGGAGGCAGCGGAAUGGGCGGCGGCGGAAUGGGCGGCGGCGGAAUGGGCGGCGGCGGCAUGGGUGGCGGCGGAAUGGGCGGCGGCGGGAUGGGUGGCGGCGGAAUUGGAGGCGGCGGAAUGGGCGGCGGCGAAAUGGGCGGCAGCGGAAUGGGAGGCGGCGGAAUGGGCGGCGGUGGAAUGGGUGGAGGCAGAUUGGGAGGCAGCGGAAUGGGCGGCGGCGGCAUGGGCGGACCUGGUUCCUCUGCUCCGGGAUCGCAAUCAGCCAUGGGUCCUGGGGGGAACAUGGGUGGCGGCGGAAUGGGCAGCGGCGGAAUGGGCGGCGGCGGAAUGGGCGCCGGCGGAAUGGGCGCCGGCGGCAUGGGCGCCGGCGGCAUGGAUGGCGGCGGCAUGGGUGGCGGUGGAAUGGGCGGCGGCGGGAUGGGUGGCGGCGGAAUUGGAGGCGGCGGAAUUGGCGGCGGCGGAAUGGGCGGCGGCGGAAUGGGAGGCGGCGGAAUGGGCGGCGGUGGAAUGGGCGGAGGUGGAAUGGGCGCCGGUGGCAUGGGCGGCGGCGGCAUGGGUGGCGGCGGCAUGGGUGGCAGCAUGGGCGGACCUGGGUCCUCUGCUCCGGGAUCACAAUCAGGCAUGGGUCCUGGGGGAGGCAUGGGUGGUGGCGGAAUGGGCGCCGGAGGAAUGGGAGGCGGCAGAAUGGGCGGAGGAGGCAUGGGCGGCGGCGGAAUGGGCGGCGGCGGAAUGGGCGGCGGCGGCAUGGGUGGCGGCGGAAUGGGUGGCGGUGGGAUGGGCGGCGGCGGCAUGGGAGGGGGCAUGGACGGACCUGGUUCCUCUGCUCCCGGAUCUCAGUCAGCCAUGGGUCCUGGGGGAGGCAUGCGCGGCGGAGGCAUGGGCGGCGGCGGCAUGGGUGACGGAGGCAUGGUUGGUGGAGGCAUGGGCGGUGGAGGCAUGGUUGGUGGAGGCAUGGGCGGCGGAGGCAUGGGCGGGUCAGGGUGGAUUGCUCCAGGGUCGCAGGCAGCACCCGGCCAGGGUGGACCUGGGAUGGGCGGAGGGAUGGGCGGAGGGAUGGAGGCAGCACCCGGCCAGGGUGGACCUGGGAUGAGCGGAGGGAUGGGCGGAGGGAUGGGCGGAGGGAUGGGUGGAGGAAUGGGCGGAGGGAUGGGCGGAGGGAUGGGCGCAGGGAUGGGCGCAGGGAUGGGCGGAGGGAUGGGUGGAGGGAUGGGCGGUGGGAUGGGCAGCGGGAUGGGCGGAGGGAUGGGUGGGCCUGGGGGCAACAUGGGAGGCGGCAUGGGUGGACCACAGAGAGCAGAAGAGGGAGGCUUGGAGAGGAAAGAGGGCAAGUGUGAAGAGGGUGAGUGUGAAGAGGGCGAGUGUGAAGAGGGCGAGUGUGAAGAGGGCGAGUGUGAAGAGGGCGAGUGUGAAGAGGGCGAGGUGGAGGGCGAGACGGUGAGGAAGGGCGAGAUGGAGAGGCAGGAGAGCAAGGUUGAGCUCUGUUUGGAUCAAGGCACCUGCUUUCAUGCACCAGUGCACGUGCUGCUCUGGCAAUGA